GGCUGGGGGGCCGCCGGCGGCAGGCGGAUAAAAAGGCCCCAGGGCGCCCAGGGAGGGAGCCCGUUAGCGCUGCUCCGCCGCGGCGCCCGCCCAGCCCCGGACCGUCCGCGCUCCAGCUGGUAUCUUGACCUCAGCUGUCCUUGAAGUCACCAUGGCGUGGUCCCCACCAGUCACCUUCUCUCUGUUCCUGCUACUGCUAGGCCAGCCCGCUCCCAGCAGGCCACAGUCACUGGGCACCACCAAGCUCCGGCUGGUGGGCCCAGAGAGCAAGCCAGAGGAGGGCCGCCUGGAGGUGCUGCACCAGGGCCAGUGGGGCACCGUGUGUGAUGACAACUUUGCUCUCCAGGAGGCCACAGUGGCUUGCCGCCAGCUGGGCUUCGAAGCUGCCUUGACCUGGGCCCACAGUGCCAAGUAUGGCCAAGGGGAGGGACCUAUCUGGCUGGACAAUGUGCGCUGUGUGGGCACGGAGAGCUCCCUGGACCAGUGCGGGUCUAAUGGCUGGGGUGUCAGUGAUUGCAGUCACUCUGAAGACGUAGGGGUGAUAUGCCACCCCAGGCGCCAUCGUGGCUACCUUUCUGAAACCGUCUCCAAUGCCCUUGGGCCCCAGGGCCGGCGGCUGGAGGAGGUGCGGCUCAAGCCCAUCCUUGCCAGUGCCAAGCAGCAUAGCCCAGUGACUGAGGGAGCCGUGGAGGUGAAGUAUGAGGGCCACUGGCGGCAGGUGUGUGACCAGGGCUGGACCAUGAACAACAGCAGGGUGGUGUGCGGGAUGCUGGGCUUCCCCAGCGAGGUGCCUGUCGACAGCCACUACUACAGGAAAGUCUGGGAUCUGAAGAUGAGGGACCCUAAAUCUAGGCUGAAGAGCCUGACGAAUAAGAACUCCUUUUGGAUCCACCAGGUCACCUGCCUGGGAACAGAGCCCCACAUGGCCAACUGCCAGGUGCAGGUGGCUCCAGUCCAGGGCAAGCUGCAGCCAGCCUGCCCAGGUGGCAUGCACGCUGUGGUCAGCUGUGUGGCAGGGCCUCGCUUCCGCCCACGAAAGACAAAGCCACAACGCAAAGGGUCCCGGGCAGAGGAGCUGAGGGUGCGCCUGCGCUCCGGGGCCCAGAUGGGCGAGGGCCGGGUGGAAGUGCUCGUGAACCGCCAGUGGGGCACGGUCUGUGACCACAGGUGGAACCUCAUCUCUGCCAGUGUCGUGUGUCGUCAGCUGGGCUUUGGCUCUGCUCGGGAGGCCCUCUUUGGGGCCCGGCUGGGCCAAGGGCUAGGGCCCAUCCACCUGAGUGAGGUGCGCUGCAGGGGGUAUGAGCGGACCCUCAGCGACUGCCCUGCCCUAGAAGGGUCCCAGAAUGGUUGUCAACAUGAGAAUGAUGCUGCUGUCAGGUGCAAUGUCCCUAACAUGGGCUUUCAGAAUCAGGUGCGCUUGGCUGGUGGGCGCAUCCCUGAGGAGGGGCUGUUGGAGGUGCAGGUGGAGGUGAACGGGGUCCCACGCUGGGGGAGUGUGUGCAGUGAAAACUGGGGGCUCACCGAAGCCAUGGUGGCCUGCCGACAGCUCGGCCUGGGUUUUGCCAUCCAUGCCCACAAGGAAACCUGGUACUGGUCGGGGAUGCCGAGGGCCCAAGAGGUGGUGAUGAGCGGGGUGCGCUGCUCAGGCACAGAGCUGGCCCUGCAGCAGUGCCAGAGGCACGGGCCGGUGCACUGCUCCCAUGGCAGCGGGCGCUUCCUGGCUGGAGUCUCCUGCAUGGACAGUGCACCAGACCUGGUGAUGAACGCCCAGCUAGUGCAGGAGACAGCCUACCUGGAGGACCGCCCGCUCAGCCAGCUGUAUUGUGCCCACGAGGAGAACUGCCUCUCCAAGUCUGCGGAUCACAUGGACUGGCCCUAUGGAUACCGGCGCCUACUGCGCUUCUCCACACAGAUCUACAACUUGGGCCGGACAGACUUUCGUCCAAAGACUGGACGCGAUAGCUGGGUUUGGCACCAGUGCCACAGGCAUUACCACAGCAUUGAAGUCUUCACCCACUACGACCUCCUCACUCUCAAUGGCUCCAAGGUGGCUGAGGGGCACAAGGCCAGCUUCUGUCUGGAGGACACAAACUGCCCCACAGGACUGCAGCGGCGCUACGCGUGUGCCAACUUUGGGGAACAGGGAGUGACUGUAGGAUGCUGGGACACCUACCGGCAUGACAUUGAUUGCCAAUGGGUGGAUAUCACAGACGUGGGCCCUGGGAACUAUAUCUUCCAGGUGAUUGUGAACCCCCACUAUGAGGUGGCAGAGUCAGAUUUCUCCAACAAUAUGAUGCAGUGCCACUGCAAGUAUGAUGGGCAUCGGGUCUGGCUGCACAACUGCCACACAGGGAAUUCAUACCCAGCCAAUGCAGAACUCUCCCUGGAGCAAGAACAGCGUCUCAGGAACAACCUCAUCUGAAGCCCUCACUGCACACUCCUAGCUGCUGCCAAUACACCAGAUACCUCAGCUUACUGGAGCCAUGCCCUUCAGAGUCCCAACUCAGAGGAAAAGGGCCAGUGCCAAGGGGCACCAAGAACCUGCUCAGGAAGCCUUUUGAUGGCAAGAUCACCAAUCCAGAUGGUACUGCUUCUUCAGGAUGGCACUGAGCCUACCCACUAAGGGCCUGGAAUAUGGCUUCCAGGCUUUGCUCAGCUGAGCUCCUCUUCUAUAAGGAAACCCAGUCAUCCCUGAAUCUUGCCACAGAGAUGCGGGGUUCAGGAGCUUUCAGUUCUUUAGGGAUGGACUAUGGCCCAGUCCCCCAUCUAAGUGGUGCUUUGCAAAUGUCUUGGAGGAGUAUAGGACAGAGUACCAAAACACACAGCAGGUAGUGUUAGCUCUCUGCUAGGAGCUCAAAGCAACACAACUUGUAUCAAAAUCACAACUGGCAGAGAAGCUGGUGGAUCCGAUCCUUUCUUCAUCUGUUAUUAUUUACAAGUCACCUCUCACACUCUGUUCUUUAGUGUCCUUACCUUUAUCCUACCGCACACAUGGGUGUUUCUAUUAUCCUUGGAAGCACAGACCUCGGGCAUCCCCUUAUUGCCUGAUGGGCCAACACCGUUACUGAGUGCUUGAGAAGGGGCAAGUUUCACAGAAAUGGCCAGACAGGGCCUUCCCACAGAGCAGCAAGAGUAGGCCAAGCAGAAAGACUGCUGAGGUAACAUGGAUCCCGGGCCCUGUCAGGGCCUCUGCCAAGGAAAAAAUAUGGACGAUUUACCUGGCAGGCAGUCUGAUCUCUCUCAGGAUCAUCACGCAUCUCAGGAUUGGUCUAAGCUUCAAGUCCCAACCAAGUGUCUGAAGUGAACUUUGCAUUGAAUAAAUUUUUGCCAUGGAAAGAACAUCAAACAAGCUACUCAUCUCUAUGAAGAUAUGAAAACAAGUCUGGCAGAGUGAGAGACAGAAGACCAUGGAGAAAUCAGAACGGGGAACAGUCAGUGUAGUUAAGGAUGGAACCUGGGAAAGGCCACCAUUCCUGCUUGAUGGGGCUGUGAUUUGCUCUCGCUCAAGUAGAAUAAAACCCCAUGGUCUUCUUGACAUGAUUCUUGAUCUUUUCUCCACUGAGACAAACUUUAGUGAUGAUCCUUACAGGACUGACACCCUAAUGCCAAAAAAGGUUGCUCAUUAUGGACUGCUACAAA